AUGAGUCACCAGCUAUCAGAGGGUUCCCUACAGGUUAUAAUGAAUGGUGGAGUUUAUGAUAAGCCUGUAAUGCAAGUAUUGGGCAGCAAAAAGAUCCAAGGUAGCGGAGCUAAUGAAAGAUUCCGAUUAUUAGUGUCUGAUGGGAAGCACUCGCACAGCUUUGCUAUGCUUGCAACACAACUAAAUGAUAAGUUGAUCUCAGGAGAGUUAUCUGAUUAUUCCGUGGUUCAGAUUGACCGAUUUGUCACAUCCGUUCUAAAGAACACUGGUAAAGGAGAGAAGCGUGUUAUGAUCAUCUUGGAUCUUACAAUAGUGGCGCCUGGUAGUGAAGUGGGUAAAAAAUUGGGUAAUCCGCAAACUUGGACAGAAGAAUCUGCUGCUGCAAGUACUACUUCAACUCCUGCGCCGACGCCUCGCCCUGUCGCUGCUACACCUAAACCUCAAAUGGCUGCAACUGCUCCUGCCAACCUCGACAGCAGCCUACUCUCGUCACAAAUGACUCACCCUAUCGCUAGCCUUAGUCCAUACCAGAAUAAAUGGGUAAUAAAGGCCCGAGUAAUGAACAAAUCGUCAAUACGUACUUGGAACAAUGCAAGAGGUGAAGGAAAAUUAUUUAGUAUGGAUUUGUGUGAUGAGAGCGGUGAAAUAAGAGCUACUGCAUUCAAAAAUGAAUGUGAUAAAUUCUACGAUUUGAUACAGAUAGACAAAGUAUAUUUUAUAAGUCGCUGUCAACUGAAGACAGCUAACAAGCAAUAUACAAGCCUAAAAAAUGAUUACGAGAUGACAUUUACUGCUAAUACAGUUGUUGCCGAAUGUAUAGACGACCCUGGUUCCGUGCCUUCCGUCAAAUACGAUUUCAUCGCAAUCAACGAUAUUACUUCAAAAACUCCCGACUCUUUACUUGAUGUCGUUGGUGUCUGUAAGUCGGCAAGCGAUGUUCAAGAACUGACUGCAAAAAGUACUGGCAAAUUAUUGAAAAAAAGAGAAGUCACUCUCGUUGAUAACUCUGGUGGCGCGGUGGUACUUACUUUAUGGGGAGAAGAAGCUGAAAAAUUUGAUGGUAGCACACACCCUGUUAUAGCAGUCAAGGGCGCUCGGCUGGCGGAGUUCAACGGCAGCAAGUCGCUGUCGUGCCUCGCCAGCACCAUGCUGCGGCUCAACCCGGACGAGCCGCACGCGCACAAGCUGCGCGGCUGGUACGACAACGGCGGCGCCGACAUGGACCUCGUCAACAUCUCCGCCAGAGCGGGCGGUUAUUCCGGCGGUAGCAGCGAGUGGAUCACGUUCUCAGAGGCGGAGGCGCGACAGCUGGGCUCUGGCGACAAAGGAGAUUAUUUCAGUCUGCUUGGAGUACUCACAUACACAUUUUCCGAUAACGCAGUAUACAAAGCCUGCCCACAAGAACAGUGCAAUAAAAAACUGGUGGACUUGGAAAACGGACUUUUCAGAUGCGAAAAGUGCAACAGAGAAUAUCCUAAUUACAAAUACAGAAUACUCCUUUCAGCUAAUGUUUCUGACCCAACUGGAGAUCAACGAAUCACAGCAUUCAAUGAGUCCGCCGAGGGGAUGUUAGGCAAGCCUGCUAUUGAAAUAGGCACCAUGUUUGAAAAUGAUAAGACAGCAUACACACAAAUGUUCGAGGGAAUCAAGUUCAAAUCUUUUGUGUUCAAAUUCAGAACCAAAAUGGAGACAUACAAUGAUGAGGCUCGAUUGAAGACCACCGUAAUGAAUGUACAACCUAUUGAUUACAAGGACGCCAACACAAAACUGAUUUCGAGCAUUAAAUCCAUUACUGGCAUAGAAGUUUAA